CGGCGCUUCUUCUUUCCCCGGAAGUAAACGCAGAAACUUCAGAGGCAAGAGCAAAAGGGAAGCCAGCUGUUUCACACAAAGUCAAACAGUCUCAUUAUGUCUCUCACCGUUCUGACAUCUGCGUACAGACUGAGAUCCCUCUGCAGACUGCAGCGAAUCCAGGCCCACAUGAUGUCGACUCAGGUGGAAGCAGAAGUUCUUCUGGAGAAAGUGGGCAGAGCAGGUGUGAUCACCAUAAACAGACCCAAAGUCCUGAACGCCCUCAACCUGCCGAUGAUCCGACAGAUCUACCCUCAGCUCAAGAAAUGGGAAAAUGACAAAGAGACUGAGAUUGUGAUCAUCAAAGGAGCAGGUGGGAAAGCCUUUUGUGCUGGUGGAGACAUCAGAGCGGUCACAGAAGCAGGGAAAGCUGGAGACCCUCUUGCAGAGGACUUUUUCCGCGAGGAGUACAUUCUCAACAACGCUAUUGGAGCAUGCAAGAAACCAUAUAUCGCCCUUAUUGAUGGAAUAACAAUGGGAGGGGGCGUAGGGCUGUCGGUUCACGGGCGGUUUCGAGUGGCCUCUGAGAAGACGCUGUUUGCCAUGCCAGAGACAGCCAUUGGGCUUUUCCCUGACGUGGGAGGUGGCUAUUUUCUGCCGAGGCUCCGGGGGAAGUUGGGACUGUUUCUGGCCUUGACGGGCUUCCGUCUCAAGGGACGUGACGUGCAGAGAGCUGGAGUUGCCACUCACUUUGUAGAGUCUAAGAAGAUCCCAGACCUGGAGAAGGAGCUGGUGGACUUAAAGUCUCCCUCUGCUGAUGAUGUCUCCAGGGUGCUCGAAUCAUACCAGAACCAGAGUAGUCUGGAUUCUGAGAAGCCUUUUGUCUUGGACAAGCACAUGUCUGAUAUUGACAGGCUGUUCAGCGCCAGCAGCGUGGAGGGCAUCGUGCAGAACCUGAAGGCGGACGGCUCAGAGUUCGCUAACAAGCAAGCUGAGACACUGGCCAGGAUGUCUCCCACGUCCCUGAAGAUCACCUUUAAGCAGCUGCAGGCGGGUGCAGCUCUGAGCCUUCCGGACGUGUUGGUGAUGGAGUAUCGACUGAGCCAGGCCUGCAUGAGGGGCUGUGACUUCUACGAGGGUGUCAGAGCUGUGCUGGUUGACAAGGACCAGAGUCCCAAGUGGAACCCGUCCACACUGGAGGAGCUGUCUGACCAGACCGUGGAGCAGUGCUUCUCCUCGCUGGGAGAGAAAGACCUGACUUUCUGAAGACUGUCAGCCAGCAGCUGCUUCCCACCUUCAAAACACACACCACUAAGCCUUCGCCAGGCCUGCUGUCCCCACAUCCCUUUAUGGUCUGUGAGAGUGACUGUAGUGCUGAGGAUGAGAGAAAGUCUGUUAUUUUAUGACAAGCACAUACAUAGGUCAUAUACCUAAUAGUUUGGACUCUGUACUUUUAAAUACUGUGGUGACAUUUUACAGGAGACAUCCAGGCUGCUCCUCUGCAGCUGAGGAAAACAAUCUGAUUCACCGUUCACAGCCAGAAAUCUAAAAUAGUAACAGAAGAAGUAGCUAAUAGGCGCCUUGUGUGUCACACAUGAAAAAUGUUUAGAGUAAACUUGCUCUGCAGCGGAGUGGAGUCUCUUCUGCUGUAAAUUCAAGGAAUCUGCAGCACCGCAAGCAUUAACAGGGGAGGGCGAAUAUGAUCUCAUCACUGAGUGCUUUAUUACAUUUCCUGUGAGUGUUUGUUGAUGUGACAUUGAUCAGCAUAAUCUGUAUUUCUGCUGUGUGGUCACUUGUACUAAUUUAGAUAAUGUAUUGUCUCCAUUUCCGCAGUUUUUGUCUUUUUCUGGUGUUAGUGGUAUCUGUAUUCUCACAUGAAUAAAACAAGUAUUAUCUGACAUAUCCAACAAACACUCCCAAGACAAACAUCCGAUUCAGAAAUAUGUCAGUAUUUGUACUGAAUGCAUUUACAUGACUCUAGACAAAUAUGGUUCCAGUAGUUUGAAAUGUGUGUGUGGUAUCGUGUCACUGUUUUUCAGUAGGAAUCAAAUCACCUCCCCAAAAUCAAUAGCUGCAUUAUUUAUGAGACAACCAGUCAGAUUAGGCAUCCAUGCUGGAACAGAGAGCAAUAAAGAGAGCUGGUAAAGUAACAUAAA